AUGUCACAAACUCACCUCCUCAAAUGCCUAUCUAGGCUCUGUGUAGCGAGAAAUGAGACAAAAUAUUUACGUAAUAAUGUUCAAAUAUUGGUUAGAAAUAGUUCUACUAAAUCUGCUAAACAGAAGACAGCAUCUUCUGUGUACCGUACUAUGAAUAUAUUUGAUCGAAAAGCGAAGGCUUUGCAGAGGGAAAGAUCUGCCAGAAGGGAGGACUAUCACCUAGCCGAGUAUAUUAAGGAAGAGAUAGGUUGGAGGACCGCUGAUCGUAUUUUGGACAUAAAACGAGUGUUUAAAAAUGCUGUGGAACUUGGAGCGAGUCGUGGUUACGUAUCUCGCCACUUGCUACCGGACAGCGUAGAGAAGGUUACGUUGUGUGAUACUUCGCAGACACACCUGGACAAAGCUAUCAUUGGAGACGGAGUCAAGUUCGAAAAGAAAGUUAUGGACGAAGAGAAUAUUGAUUUUCCAGAGAACAGCGUAGACCUGAUCGUGUCAUCUCUAGCUCUGCACUGGGUGAACGACCUGCCCGGCUGCUUUGACAAAGUCAUGAAGAGUUUGAAACCUGAUGGGGUGUUCAUGGCGUGUGUUUUCGGCGGGGACACGCUAAUGGAGCUGCGCCAGGCACUGCAGCUCGCUGAGAGUGAACGAAUGGGCGGCAUAUCUCCACACGUCUCGCCUUUCACCAGAGUUAGAGAUAUCGGCGGGUUGUUAUCUGCGAGUGGAUUUACAUUGCAAACGGUGGAUGUAGACUCCAUAGUGGUGUGGUACCCCAGUAUGUGGGAGGUGAUGAGGGACGUGAGGGCCAUCGGAGAGGGAAACGCAGCCCACAACCGACCUCUGAGGAUUUCUAAGGAGGUGCAAUUCGCCGCGGCUAGCAUAUACGAUGAAAUGUAUGGAAAGGAAAUGCCAGAUAAGAAAGUACGCGGUGUUCCAGCUACAUACCAGAUUAUCAACUUCCUGGGGUGGAAGCCAGACCCAUCCCAACCCAUACCUAAAGAAAGAGGCACUGGCCAGGUCUCCCUAAAAGACCUGCACAGAAUAGAUAAGAUAAUAGACAAACCAAAAGUAGUGAAAUUGACUGAAGAGGAUAUGAAAUAG